AUGGCCUUCGAAAGCACCGUGGAGAUCACGCGCGGCGGCGUGGAGACCAAGCAGGGCGCGCCCCAGCAGGAGGCGCCCGUGGGCGAGAGCGAGUCGGCGCUGACCUUCGCUAUCCCGGCGCCUAUCGCGGCCGUGCGCGCCAACGUGCAGGCCUUCGAGGAGGACAGCAUCCGCAAGCUGCUGACGCGCUACGAGGGCCUGGACGUGCUGCCCAGCGGCUGGCGCGAUGGCCCGUCCAGCAAGGGCAUCCAGGUCGUGUACGGCGAGGUGGCCGGCAGCGAGUGGUACACCAUGAAGACGACGGGCACGCUGCACGUGAGCGCCGCCAAGGCCGCGCAGCUUCUCAUGCGCUGCGACAUGGUGCCCAAGUUCGACGAGAUGACCAAGGAGGUCAAGGCCAUGGAGAAGCUCAGCGACGCGUCCGAGGUGCGCCGCGUCACGGCCAAGUCGGUCAUGUUCACGGCGGCGCGCGACUUCUCGGUCGUGUCCACCUACCGCCAAGAGGCCAGCGGCCGCAUCCUCAUCGCCACGCGCUCGGUCGAGUACGUGCCCGAGCGCAAGGGCUACGUGCGCGCGACCAUCCUGAUCUCGGGCUACGUGGUGACGCCCCACCCGACCAAACCCAACGAGUGCGAGAUGAGCGUCAUCGCGCACAUGGACCUGGGCGGCAACCUGCCGGCCAUGGUCGUGCGCUACCUCGGGCUCUCCGCGCCCAUCAAGCUCGUCGAGAAGAUCCACGAGGUCACCCUGCGGGCAUAG